AUGCCUUCUCAAAAGCUAAAGCCCAGCUUCCGCAAGGUGCAAACCUUCAAGACCGAUUAUGCGCCCUGCACAAUCACCCAAUAUGUCUCCGAAAGGAGUGGCAUGCAGGUGGUAGUUGCUGACCGCAAGGGACCAAAGAUCAAUGGCUACUUCACCCUAGCUACUGAAAUCUUUGACGAUUCCGGAGCCCCCCAUACGCUCGAGCAUCUGGUUUUCAUGGGCUCCAAAUCUUACCGGUGGAAAGGUCUUUUGGACAAGCUGUCGUCCCGCGCAUACUCCGGUACGAAUGCCUGGACUGCCACCGAUCAUACAGCUUAUACUCUUGAGACGGCGGGCUGGGAGGGUUUUGCCCAGAUCCUUCCCGUCUACCUGGAGCAUGUGAUUCUUCCUACGAUUACCGAUGAGGCCGUUGUCACCGAGGUCUGGCACAUUGAUGGCGAGGGCAAUGAUGCAGGCGUCGUGUACUCGGAGAUGCAGGGUACAGAGAACCGCAGCGCCGAACGCAUGGACCUAACGGCUCGCCGACUCUUCUACCCGGAAAACGUCGGGUUCCGGUACGAAACGGGUGGCAAGACGGAAGCGCUGCGAGUCCUCACCCCUGAACGCAUUCGCCAAUUCCAUCGGGACAUGUACCAGCCGCGCAACUUGUGUGUUGUCAUUGUCGGCGAGGCGGAUCAUGAGAAUCUUCUGGAAAUCCUGGAUUCGUUUGAAGAGAGCAUCAAGGACGAUAUCCCUUCUCUCGACACUCCUUUCAAGAGGCCUUGGGUAGACUCGGCCCAGCCGCCUCUGCUUCAAGAGACCAUUGUCACGACGGAAGAAUUUCCGGAGGAAGACGAAUCCGUGGGUGAAAUUCUCAUUGGAUUUUUCGGCCCUCACUGCAGCGACGUUCUUGCUACAUCGGCUCUCAACAUCCUUCUGACCUAUCUUUGUGGAUCGUCUGUUUCCGUGUUGGAGAAUACCCUUGUGGAACGGGAGGAGCUUGCCAGCUCUGUUUCGUACUGGUGGGAGUCCAGACCGAACUCGCUCAUUUGGCUGCAGCCUACCGGCGUGGCGACUGAAAAGCUGGAAUUUGUGGAGAAGCGUCUUUUCGAAGUCCUCAAGGAUGUCGUGUCAAAGCCCCUGGAUAUGGAUUACAUGAGAGAAUGCAUCCGAAGAGAGAAGCGGCAGGUCAAGUAUCAUGCCGAGACGUCGGAGUCUUUCUACGCUACCAACAUCAUAACCGACUACCUGUUCGGCAAGCGUGAUGGCUCAACGCUCAGGGAACUGGAAACCUUGGCGGAGUACGAGGUCCUUGAGAAGUGGUCGGAUGAGGAGUGGCGAGAGUUUAUGCGUAACUGGAUGGCUGAUGCCCACCACAUCUCCGUCUUGGGUAAACCGUCUCUGGAGCUCGCUCUCAAGUUGAAGAAGGACCAUGAAGCUCGCAUCGCCGAGCGCAAGGAGAAACUUGGGCCAGAGGGGCUGAAGAAGCUAGCGCAAAAGCUCGAGGAGGCCAAGAAGAAGAACGAUGCGCCCAUCCCACCGGAUGUUAUCGAUCGCUGGGCGGUUCCUGGCACAGAGUCGAUUCACUUCAUCGAAUCCGAUACUGCUCGCUCCGGUAAUGCCAAGUCUGUUGGUCUGGGCGCCGGGCGUGCCCAGAAGCUCAUCAAUGCCGCCUCUGAUGGCAAGCGGCCUCUUUUCAUACAAUUCGAAGACGUCCCCACAAACUUUGUCCACAUCACCCUGCAUGUUGGCACGUCUCAGGUUCCCGUCCACUUGAAGCCCCUCUUGUCAAUCUUCAGCGACAACUUCUUCAACACGCACAUCGUGCGAGAUGGACAGCAGAUCAACUUUGAGCAGGUCGUCAUGGAGCUCGAGAGAGACAGCGUCGGCUACGAUAUUGGAAGUUCCCGCCAGCUUGGUGACGGCGAAGGGUACAUGAUUCAAUUCCAGGCGGAGCCAGACAAGUAUGAUGCAGCCGUGAACUGGCUUCGUACUAUGAUGUUCGACUCCGUCUUUGACCCCAUCCGAAUCAAGGCCGCUGUUAUGAAAGCCCUGGCCGACAUCCCCGAAUCGAAGCGCGAUGGGCGCAGCAUGUCCACUGAAGUUGACACCGCCGUACACCUGGAACGCUCUUCCCUUUCGGUUGCUCGGCGAGUUCUCGUCAAGGCAGUGUACUUGAAGCGUCUCAAGAAGCUCCUCAAGAAGAAUCCGGACCAGGUCGUGCAAUGGUUCCAAGAUAUCCGCAACUCCCUCUUCACCUUUGAGAAUGUAAGAGUCCUCGUCACGGCCAACUUGGAAAAGCUCCCCAACCCCAUCGCUACCUGGGAUCCGCUCUCCACGGCACUCAAGUCGCAAAACGGGCCCAUGGCGCCUAUCCCCAAGCCAUCCAGUCUUCUGAACGCCGAAGGAAAGGCACCCGGCUCCGUCGGUGCCACCAUCAUCCCAAUGACGGCUCUCGACAGCUCCUUCUCCGUGAGCACCGCCGCUGGUCUCUAUUCGUUUUCUGAUCCCAUGCUGCCCGCCAUCAUGGUGGCCAUCGGAUACCUCGAGACUGUGGAGGGACCUCUGUGGAAUGCCGUUCGGGGCGCCGGCUACGCCUACGGAACCUUCUUCUCGCGCAACAUCGAGAGCGGCGUCAUCUCCUACAAGGUGUACCGCUCCCCAGACGCCUCCAAGGCAAUCAUCGCCUCGCGGGACGCCAUCCAGAAAAUCGCCAACGCGGAGGUGCCCAUCGACAAGCACCUCCUCGAGGGCACCAUCAGCCAGAUUGUGGUCUCGUUCGCAGACGAACAGUCCACCAUGCCCAGCGCCGCGCAGCAGAACUUUGUCCAGAGCGUCUUCAAGGAGCUGCCCAAGGACUGGAGCAAGGUGAUUCUGAAGCGCGUGCGAGAGGUCACCGAGGACGAGAUCCGACAGGCGCUCAAGGACUACAUCAUGCCUUGCUUCGAGCCGGGGAAGAGCAAUGUGGUGAUUACGUGCGCUAAGACUAUGCAGGAGGGCAUGGAGACUGCGUUCAAGGGGGUGGGCUACAAGGUCCAGACCCAUGAACUGAGCCACUUCCACGAUGACUACGGUCUGGAUGCCGGCGAUGAUGACGAGGAAGAAGAUGAAGACGAAGAUGACGAGGAUGAGGACGAGGAUGAAUAUGACGAUGAAGAGGGAAGCGAAGAGGACGAGGAUGAUGACGACGAGGACUAG